AUGUCCCUGGCAUUGUUUACGAUUUGCCUAAUAUCCCGAAUGUAUGGAGCUGAGGCCGCAAAUGGGCAAUGCAAGCCUGUUGAAAGAUCAGUAUCUGGUAAAGCUCUCAAGGGUCACACGUUUAAAGAACUUGUGGUAAGAGCCCCUUUUGAAUGUCAAAAUUUCUGUGAAAACGACCCCAGAUGUGCAAGCUACAACUACUUCAUUCCAGGAAGAGUGUGCGAACUGAACAGCAAAACCAAGGAAGCAAAACCUGACGAUUUUGUAACAGAUGAACAAAGAUUCUAUAUGAAAUGUGAAGGUAUGAUUAAUUGUCAUUUUCAGUGUAUUCAAUACUUGAAAGAAGAGAGCCAACGUUAAGAACGUGUAGUCAAACCUGGCAGUGACAAAAUUGCAAAACUUUACGACUCAUUUCAUUGUCUUGUAAUUUCCAGAAGAUACUUGAACACAAAAGAAACCAGGAAAAUAUAGACUGCUCAAAUACGAGCAGAAAGCCUGACAAGGCAUGUUAGAAUUUUGAUACGAAACGAUCUGCAUCAAUAAAUCUUAAACUAACAAGCGGUAUGUUAACACAACUCAAUAUAACUUAUUUUAUCUUGACCCCCAUAGAAAUGGUUCUAUCAAAUAUCGCCCUUAUGCAUAUGUUUGUAAUGCCGGCAUAAUUUAUGAAAAGAAAGGCAAAAUCAAUUACUUGGUCUGAAUUAGGAAAUCAAAACACACAAGGCAAAAAGGUGUAUUCCAAGAGUAUAAGCGCAAAAUUUAUUACAAAACAACACAUCAGAAGUACUACUUCGAAACAGCUAAAAUCAAUAAAGGGUGGAGCCUGUUCAUAAGAGUUACCAAUGCAAGGCUCCAUAUUUCGAUUAUCAGAGAGGCUCCAUAUUUCGUUAAGGCUCGAUUAUCAGAGAAAAUAUGACGAAUGAUGGCAUGCUAAGAUGAUUUUUACUUUCCCUUAAAGUUUUCUCAGAUAAUGAAAACUUAGGAACUAGUCCAUCGUAAGAAAAUCACCAAAUGACGUAAGAUAAAGACUGAAUUAACGUCUGAAAAAGAAAAACACCAUAAUGCAAUAUCUGACCAGUAACAGUUACCGCCGCAGCAAGAAGCACUCACUUAAAGUAUUUCCUCGAAUAAUAGCCGGGGGCGAUUUUUUUUUCGUACCAAAAGGGGGCGAUUAUUCGAGGGAAGGCGAUUAUUUUAGAUAUUGCUCACUAGAAAUCGUACCCUAAAUAUUUUGUUUUAUUUUUCCAUGAAAUAAAAAAAAUAAUCAUAUCAAAUAUAGUGAAUCAACAUUAGCAUUUAAAAUGUUCCAAAUUUGGCUCCUUGAUUAAUUUUCAAUGUCAUACAUUGUCCUCUGCGUCAGAGUUUGAAUCGUCGAUCACUGAUCAGUUUUGCUGGGUCAGACUCCACUUAAGCUUUAUCCUCAAAGUUUAUCGCUAUGGGUAACCCUUGCGAGUAACCUAGGGGGGCUGGAGUGGGGGCGAUUAUUCGAGGGAGGCGAUUGUUUUAAACAUUUCCGUCAAGGGGGGGGGGAUUAAUCGAGCGACGGCUAUUAUUCGAGGAAAUACGGUAUGUCACCGCAAUGAAAAUUAAUGAAGGUUCCAAUAUAAGGGACUACAUGCCCAUUCCCUGGCGAUGGAAGGUCGGUCGGAAAUAAGUUUAAUCGACCUUUUAUUGUAUCCUUUUUGUAAGUAAAGAUUUUUUUAUUGUUUAUCUUUUUCUCAAGAAACAACAGCGAGUUCUCUCUUUACCUCAACAACAACGGCAACUACUCAAGCUUCUCCAACAACGACAACAGUUGUUCCAUCUUCCACAAUCGCUCAAGCUGCGUCAACAAAAACGAAAGCGACGAGUGACCUAUCAGCAACUGCUCGAACUGCUCCAAUAACAACAGUUAUUCCAACUUCAACAAUCGCUCAAGCUGCAUCAACAACAACGAGAGCGACGAGUGACCUGUCAACAACUGCUCCAAUAACAACAGUUGUUCCACCUUCAACUAUCGCUCAAGCUGCAUCAACAACGGGAGCAACGACAACAACUGCUCAAACUUCAACAGCAACAGCAACCACUCCAACAACGAAUCCUUACGACUUCAGUGGGGUAAGCUAAGAAGUUACCAUUCUUUCUUUCCUUGCAAAUAUAUCUUGACGCUCCUGUUACGCUAGGGCGCUAUUGCUCGCUAUUUUUCUAUGAGAGUGGAGUUGUUCUUAUCGCCCCGAACGGUAAAGGUGUGGUUGCAUGGAUACGUGGUAACUCAGCUGCCAGACGCAAUUUUGUAUUUGCUAAAUUAGCUCUCUGCACACGGAACAGAUAGUGAGACCAAUGAAGUAAGUUUAAACUCGAUCUGGUGCUCUACGACCGUGUGAACUAGAACCGCAAAACAUUGAAUGGUUCCGUCUGAAUGAAAUGUCCCGUCACAUUUUUCAGUCAGUGCAAGUAGAUUCGUCCGUUGGUGUGUAAACGUAGCCUUAGGCAGGGGCGGAUCUAGGAUAAAUACUGACCGAUCUUCUAAAUGAGCGCCUUAGGCGCAAGCUAUAAGGGGUUCGGUGGCAUACCGCCGCCAGUUGGGAGAGCGCGGGUCUGCUGAGCGGGAGGUCGCGGGUUCAAACGCCGGCCGGACAAACAAUCAAGGCCUUUAAAUAACUAAGGAGAAAGUACUGCCUUUGUAAUGACAUCUGCAAAUGGUUAGACUUUCUAGUCUUCUCGGAUAAGGACGAAAAACCGUAGGUCCCGUCUCACAGCACUUUCACUGAUCUGUUCCUGUGGGACGUAAAAGAACCCACACCACUGUUCGAAAAGAGUAACGGACGCAGACCCAGGUGGUGACGUGUGGCCAACCGUUUUCACCACCUUUGUCGUUGUCGUUGCUUAAAAAGUUCCCGGAAGUCAAUUUUGAAAGCCGAGCUGACGAGACGUUAUCCACCUCGACCCAGGCUCCUAAUGUUGCUGUCACCUUUACUUUCGGGCUAAAAGACCAUUACACUUGCAGGCAGUUCAUAAGCGACUAAAGGUGAUGUUACACAGGACGAUUUGAAACGAGACGACGAUUUUAAGCGCAAGACAGUUUCGAAUUGCUGCAACAUUGUUCCAUUAUUGCAACACCGUGUUCCGCUAAAAAGUGUCGUUGCAAACCGUCCCGUGUAACGUCACCUUAAGAUAACACUUAGCUAGAGUUUCAUGGAACCCAAGGUGAAAUUAUGGCUAUUCCGCAAAUGUAGUCGUGUAAUCGUUGCCACGGUAUUUGUCGUUGAAUUACAUGAAUACUAUCUUUCCCUUUGACAAUUGCUUUAUCAUUCAUUCAGAAUAAUUCCAUGUUCAAAACAAGCUAAAACAUGCUUACCUCCGUCGAUGUUAACCAGUGCAUGUUGAUCGGGAAGUUUAGGAUAUAAAGGGCUGUUUAGGUCCGCAAACAUACUCCAAUGUCUACUACAUGCUUCCUAUACGCCCACGGUGGGCGUAUAGGAAGCAAAAUAUUACGAGGUACUCAGAAACUACGUUUGAAUUUUUUAUUCCUUUGAGCUCAAACUUUGCAGGAUGGUAGAACUUUGAAGUCCAAAAAAUCCUAGGUUUUUGUUUUUCGAUUUUAACUUUUUUUGGCGGGAAAAUGACUUUACAAGAUUGACCGCAAAAUAUAAAUUUCAAGCUAUGGUAAAACAAAUAAAUAAUUUUGAAAGAGCGUGACGUGAUAGGAAGAAAUUUGAAAAGAAUUUUGGAAAAGCUCAAUCGCUUUAGGAGAUAUAGCAUCGUGAAAUGUACUUAUGUUUCUAAAAAUAGUAACAAAUGGCGGGAAAUUAAAAAAUCAAAGCCUCAUAACUCUUUAACCAAUUGAGUCUUUAAAAAAAAAAUUUCACAUUCUAUUCUAUCGGGUCGUGCUUUUAAAAAAUUAUUUAUUUGUUUUGCCAUUUCUAGAAAUUUUAAUUUUGCUGUAAAUCUUGAGGCGUCAUUGUCCCGCCAAACAACGUUAAAAUCUAAAAACAAAAAACAUAGGAGUUUCUGGAAUACAAAAUUCUACCAUCCUGCAGAGUUUAAGCUCAAAAAAAUAAAAAAAUUAAAAAUGCAAAAGUUUUCCUACCUCGUAAUAUUUUGCGUCCUAUACGAAAAACCGCGAAUUUAGUUUUACUUAGUCUUUUUUUUCCAUUCAACUGAAAAUGACUAUAAUUUUUUUUUCCACAAAUCAGGCUUGGGAGAACUUUACAAUCCCAGAACAUCCAGGGGGCACAUGGAUUCUUAUCGCCAGAUUUUCCAACAGUGACGAUAAGAACUGGAUGCGAGACGAUGGACACUGGUGGUAUGACCAAAAUGUCCCCAUAGGAACACCUGAUCCGUCAGUCAAUGCGGACAUGAUCUCACCAGCCUUCUGGUUGGCCAGCGGCAACGAUUUUAAGAUCACGCGUAGUGAUGACUCCAGUCACAUGCCACUUUUGCGGACUACAGAUAACUGUCUGGGUGGACAAACAUUCCGCUCAAAAAUCACAAGUUAUGGCGACUUUAGAAACGGCACGGUGUGGUCAAAUGACGCAUGCCUGGGAAGAUGCACUAUUCAGUAUGCUGGUCAGUACUAUUUAACAGACGGGUUUGAUCUGGCUGGGUGCGGUGGUGAUCUGCAACCCAACAACAAGAUCGGCUUCUGGUGUCAUUGGGGUAAUGGUGAUGGGUCCGUUAUGAUGAUUGGUGGAGGAGGAGAUUUCUGUUCACGUGCUGAUCACGGGAUUGGAAUAACAGAAGCUAACUAUGCUUCUUUUGUUGAAGAAAGCAGCUUCCAAACUGAAUUUGAUUUUGGAUACGAUGCUGACGUACAAAAUGCUCCAACCCAGAGCUAUGCUUUAAACCUAUGGAUCCUUUGGUCCUAUUAA